AUGCCACACAGAGUUGUCGAUUUUCUGAGGUCGUCGGCCAACACACUAGAGUUCCAGGUCUCGACCUUUACAAAAUCCACCAAGACUUCCCGAAGGCGCGAGAGUCCGACAGGCGCUGCUCGCGUUGGUCAAGGUAGCACAGAGCGCGUUGCGUAUGCCUCGAGCGAAGAAGACGACAGCAGUAACAACAGCAGCACCGCCACCGCGACGCUACCACGAUCUCCUCUGUUAAGGAAUGCCGAUUCCUCGGAUAGCGCACACACCACCAGCUCAACGUCUAGCACUAACACGAGCAAAGAGGUCGCUAACGCCAAGGAUCACCACCACCACCACCAUCACCACAAAGAAAAGGACCACCAUCAUCACCAUAGGAUAUCCUUCCCGGGCAUGCACUUCGGCCGCUCCAGCAAAGAUGUGCACGCCCACGCGCCCGCCUCUCUCGACUGGAAGCUUGAGUCGCCGCCAAUUGUUCUCUACAAUGACCCAGAAACCUCCACUGGCGCGCUCGUCUCGGGCCAAAUCUUCCUCAACGUCAAGGAGGACCACGACCUGCUAGACGUCGAGUCCAUCAACGCCACACUCCAGAUUCACGUUACGCAGAAACGACCCUUCACUCAUCACUGCCACGACUGCACCCACCAGUACACCGAGAUCAAGAAAUGGCAGUUCCUCGACCACCCUCUCGUUCUCGCCAAGGGCCGCCACUCCUUCCCCUUCUCCGUCUUGCUCGAGGGUCACCUACCAGCAAGCAUGGACGCGCCCCUUGCUUCCAUCGCCUACGAGUUCAAGGCCGAGGCCGUUACCAAGGUCAAUGGCACUCUGCAGCCCGCCAUCAAGUUCGAAAAGGUGCUCGAUGUCAAGCGCUCCCUUGGCUCCUCCGAAGUCCCCCACCACUCCAUCCGCGUCUUCCCGCCCACUAACAUCAAGGCCAACGUGCACUACCCCCAUCACAUCCACCCCACGGGCACCAACACGCUCCAGAUCCGCCUGGACGGGAUCGCUAGGCUCAACCCCAAGGUCGGCACCAUGGAGUACUGGAAGCUCAAGAAGUUGACGUGGAGGCUCGAAGAGAUGUCCAAGUCCCUCGCUCCAGCAUGCGAUAAGCACGCACCCAAGCUGCCUGUCCCUCCUGCCCCCGCAGCAGAGGGCAGCGACGCCCAGCCUCAACCACCCAAGGGCCUUCCCAGAACCGAAACCCGCAUCAUCGGCGAGAAGACCAUCUUCUCGGGCUGGAAGUCGUCCUACUCCUCGGCCACCGACUCGCACAUCGAGCUCGAGCUCGACUACCACCUCUCCAAGUCCCACUCGUCUCCCGCAGUUUGCGAUACCCGAUGGACCACCCCCGGCACCUCGACCUCCUCGCACGAGGUCUCGCAUCAGCUCAUGGUCGAGAUGGUCGUGUCGCAGGAAUGGGCGCCGGUCGGCAAGCCCAACCUGGUGACGCAUACCGGCGUUGGCCGAAUCCUGAGGAUGCACUUCUCUUCCAUCCUCACGGAGCGCGGCGGCAUUGGUAUCUCGUGGGAUAACGAGGCGCCUCCCAUCUACCAGGAUGUCCCCGAGAGCCCGCCAGCUUACUCGGAGCUGAUGAUGGGUGGGGAGUCGAUGGACGGGGUGGUGGAGAGCGACACGCUCAUGUUGCCCAGUGGGCUGGGAAGUGCCACUGCGAGCGGGCGGUCGAGCGCCGUGUCUAGCAGACGGGGAUCGGCUGAAAUGCAAAGGAGGUGA